AAGGGUGCUGGAGGCGGCCAAGAGGGCGAACCAGACGGGACACUUCAUCUGGAUGGGCUCGGACAGCUGGGGCUCCAAAAUCUCCCCGGUCCUGCACCUGGAGGAGGUGGCCGAGGGCUCCGUCACCAUCCUGCCCAAGCGGGUCUCUGUCAAAGGUUUCGACCGCUACUUCUCCAGCAGGACGCUGGACAACAACCGCCGAAACAUCUGGUUUGCUGAGUUUUGGGAGGAAAAUUUCCACUGCAAGCUGAGCCGGCACGCGCUGAAGAAGGGCAGCAGCAUCAAGAAGUGCACCA